GCUAUACGGCCAGCAAUUUUGUAUAAUAACAGCGAACGAGCAAUAGACAUUCUCCAUAUACACCCACCUACUGCGUUUCCGAUGGAUGUGCAACUUUAUGUCUAUGACCUCUCCCAGGGUCUGGCUCGCUCUUUUUCGCAGGCUAUGCUUGGAACUCAGAUAGACGCCGUUUACCAUACCUCCAUUGUGAUUGACUCUAUCGAAUACUAUUAUGGACAAGGCGUGCAGACAUGUCGCGCCGGUGCCACACAUCACGGUGCACCCAUGGAGAAGAUACCCCUCGGGAAAACGGAGCUUCCUCUUGAAGUGAUUCUUGAGUAUCUGGAAAGUUUGAAGACCAUCUAUACGGCAGAGGCUUAUGACUUGUUCCUACAUAACUGCAACAACUUCUCCAAUGACUUUGCUAUGUUUCUCGUGGGCAAAGGUAUCCCGGAACACAUCACAAGCCUACCGGAGACGGUUUUGAAUACGCCGUUUGGACAGAUGCUGAAGCCCAGGCUGGACGCCAUGAUGAGACCGAUUGUGCAAGCACCUACGCCACAAGCAGGAGCGAUACCGUCAUCAAAAUCCGCUGGUUCAGCUUCAACGAACGGUGCGGUGAGGAAUGGAGCACCAGCACCCGCGCGAGUCCCCAUGUCGGCAGAGGAGACGGCGCUGGCUGGCGCUACAGGAAAGGUUAACAGCAUCACGACUAUACAGGACGUGGAUCGUCUGCUGAGUAUUGCAAAAGAUCGUAGUGCUAUCAUCUUCUUCACGAGCUCAACAUGUGGCCCUUGCAAGAUCAUGUACCAACCAUAUGAUGAUUUGGCUGCUGAAGUGGGAAACAAAUGUGUGUUUUUGAAAAUCGAUUUCAGUUAUGCGGACCGAUCCAUAAGCGCGAGGUAUCCGCAUGUCCGCGCGACCCCCACAUUCGUUACGUAUCUGCGAGGCCAACAGCAUGACGAAUGGAGCGGAGCAGAUCCACGGCAACUGAGAACCAAUGUGGAGAUGCUCGUCAGUGAGGCCUUCCCAGCACACCCGCAUCUGUCCAAGGGCGUACCUACGCUGUUACGCCAGACCCAGCGGCCCAUUACCUAUGCCAAAAUUCCUCCGUUGGAAAAAUUGGUUGCAAAAUUAAAGGACGUGGGUGUCGAUCCAGCCGUUCGUUCAAUCGUCUCAUUCAUCGAGAACCGCGAGCGCUUCGGCGCCCAAGAAGCACCUCUCACUCAACUCCCCCAGUUUGCUGAGUACCUUCGAAAAAGUACGACGAUUCUACCACUCGAUCUACUUUUCGUAUCUUAUGAUCUGCUCCGUGUUACCCUUACAGAUGUUCGUGUGGCAGGCUUCUUCGCGGAAGAACACACAGGUGCUACAGGCACCCCGGCCACAAUCGCGCAUCUGCUCGAGCAUGUCAACACCCUCGGAGACCAGGCCCCAUAUCCCUUGCGCCUGACGACAUUGCAUCUGGCAUGCAACCUCUUCAGCUCUUCUCUUUUUAUUCCUCAUCUCCUUUCACCACCUCUAUCAUCAACUCUGAUCUCUGUCCUUACCACUGCUCUGCUAGACGAGAAACACCCCGCGCUUAAGGCUUCAGCACUCAGUCUCGCUAUGAACCUCGCGUCCGCUAACCACAAGAUCAGGAUGAAGAGGCAUACUGCGAAUAACACUAGUGCCAACUCAUCCUUGUCGGGCUCCGAGCUCGACGAAGCCGAGCAAGUUGAACUGCUUGCUUCGCUGCUAGAGACACUGACGCCCGAGGAAGAGUGGAGCGAUGUAAAGAAAAUGGCUUUGAUAUGCACUGGGUGGCUAGUUUACUGUGCAGACAUGGAAGGAGAAGUGAGAGAUCUAUGGAAAGUUAUGGAUGCUGCGGGGACGGUCGGGAAACUCAAGGGGAAAGCAGUUGAGGAUCGCGCGUUAAUCGGAGAGGUGAAGACUCUGAUGGAGGUUUUCAUCUCCAAAAGAGCAAGAAUGGCGGAAGUUUGUCAUUUUUUCAAGAAGGGACGGUGUAGGAACGGCACGUUUUGUAAGUUUCAACACCCCACUGGGGCGGAAGGUACGGUGGGAUUGAGAGCCAGCGCUCAACCAUUUCUUCCUUUGAGCGAGCGGGAUCCACGUACACUAUCAUCCACCACUUCCACCACUCUUCCGCUGCCUUUUCACGGCGGCAAAGCUUGGAGAUCAAGACCAGUGUGUAAAUACUUUCAGUGGAACGCCUGCAACAAGGGAUCUGAUUGCGGAUACCGCCAUGUGUUGGAGAAGCCAAACAGCGACUUCGACGAAAAAAGCGCAGGUCAUGAUACGCCAUGGAGAUCAGCUUCUGAAGAUGCACCAAAUUCUGGAAAAUCACCUCGAAACGAGACAGAGGCUGCGUCUCAAAAUCCUCCUGUAACUAUGGGGGGUGCAGAAGUCAUGUUUGAUGGGGGAGCUUCUGUUUCUUCGAUCUCAUUACCAUCCGAUUUUUCAACGAUCUCCAUGACCCAUAUACCCAGUCAUAUAUCGCGCCAUGACAUUUGCGACAUGAUAAAGUCGCACGGCUUUGAGAAUAUUACGCCAGCUUCGAUCACACUUCACUCUGAAAAGAACUCAGCGCCUCAGUCGGCCAGAAUAAUACUUGCAGAUCCUACGUUCGCUACGAGGUUUCUACAAGCGGCAGGCCCAACAUUCGACUUUGGCGGGUCUGUGGUUUCUGCAAGCACGGUCACACUUGGGGGUGAUACUUCUGUGGGAGUCAAUCGAUUGCAACUCAGCACUGUCUCUUGCACAUGGCAUCAGCCGUCGAAAAUCUAUUACUUGACAUAUAGUAGUAGGAUUCAAGCUGACAGGAUAGUGGAUGCGGCGAAGAAGAGAGCUGUAAAUCUACAUGACCGAAAGCUUGUCUUCGAGCGCCAAAACCCACUCACGACUACUGUCAUUGUUAGCAAUGUCAAUGCACGCACCACGAGAGAAGUACUGAAACGGUACCUACCCGGUGAUGUUCUCCCGCUGAAGAUCAACGUGGGGGACUGUUCCCAUCAGCUUCGAUCAGAAGAGCUUGAGGGGCGCGUGAAAUUGAGGCUCGAGGAGUGCGGUACACUACAGAGCUGGACCAUCAAUCCGUCUUCGGGAACUUCUAGAGUCAAGGCCACUGGUGUAUUUGUUGAAAUGGAAGCGGCAAGAAGAGCAAUCGCUGAUUUGAAUCACACAAAAAUCGAUGAAUCAUCAGUAGACAAACUUCUGGUGCAGCACCUUAUAUCGAUCAAGUUAUCAGUGUCAUUGCGAGUGCUACGUGCUGUCGAGGCAAAGAUCAAUCAUCUCACUACUAUAGCUAGGAGCUCUCAUGUCACUGUUAAAAUUUACGACAAUCCUACCAAGCAGUACACACAGGUACGAGUUUCGGGCCAGGAAAAGGAUGCAGUUGCCCAUACAAAAGCAUCGCUAGAGAGCCUCUUACUAGGGCAUGUUUUUCACCUCGAUAACUCGCCUAGCACGCGUCAACUGUUCUUCCAGAAUGGUUCUGAUGGCUUUUUACAUGGUAUUAUGAAUACCAACAACGUUUAUAUCGCGCAGGAUCGGGCGAAUACAAUAUUACGGAUAUACGGCGACGAUCAGAAAGUCCGCGCAGUUGAUCAGAUCUUGACCGAAAAAGUCAAGCUCCUGCACGAACAGUCCAAAACAAUAAUACUCAAGGAAGGAUUAUUGCAAGCUGCUAUGAGAGGUGGUUUCAGCUAUCUCGUUGCGUUACUUGGAAAAGACACCGUAAAAAUGGACAUUACUUCAGAUCCCAAACGGAUCAUCGUUCUGGGUUCGGACCGGAUCGCCCAAGAAGCGGAGAAAAGCCUUCACUCUUUCAAUUCCAGCAACUUGCAGACUGAUAUAUCGAGUCUGAAGCUCGAAGAUGACAGAACCGAUCAUCUAUGCCCAAUUUGCUGGACUGCCCCGGAACAACCAUUGACAACAACCUGCGGACACAUUUAUUGUGCCGAUUGCUUCUCUUCCCAAUGCUCGUCUACAACUGCCUUCCCAGUAACCUGUCUCGGGGACUCAGGAACAUGCGCAAAAGCUCUAAGUUUACGAGAAAUGAAAGAAGCACUACCACUCACCGAGUACGAAAAUAUGCUGCAAUCCUCUCUCGCCAGCUACAUCCGCAGCCAUCCGAUAGACUUCCAAUAUUGCCCCACGCCAGACUGUAACCGCUGCUACCGCACGUCUUCAAAACCUCAUCCUCGUAUAUUCACUUGCGACAACUGCCUGGCUUCCACGUGCACCGCCUGCCACCGCCCUGCACACGUUGGUUUAAGCUGCGCUGAAAACAACAAUGACUCGGAUCUACUCGCGAAGUGGAAACAAGAGAAUGACGCGAGAGAUUGUCCACACUGCCAGACGCCUAUUAUCAAGUCCUACGGCUGUAAUCAUAUGCAAUGUACAGCAUGCGGGACGCACAUUUGUUGGUUUUGUAUGAAGAUGUUUGACUCGGGGGAUGGAACGUAUAGGCACAUGCAGCUGAAGCAUCGAAGCAUUAUUUAGAAACAUAUUUCUUCUUUUGCUUCCUUGGGAAAACAUGCGGGGAUGUUGUGUUUGGAUUGAACAAGUAGUCGUAACUUCUUGCAGCCAUGACCUUGCGAUCUUAAUAGAUAUCCGUGGUACUAGGUAGAUAAGUAGGUUUCUAGGUAU